AAAAUCAUAUCUCUUUACCCGUCGUCCUCCUGCAGACGACACUCGCACAAACCAUGACACGCAGGGACAGGUCUUAUUCACCAGACAGCUCAAACAAGAGGGUAAGGCCAUCUCACCGUUCACCUCGGUCUCCUUCGCCGACCCGGCGGAAUACCCAAAGGACUAGCAGGAGAUAUGACGACGAAAGAGACAGAGACCGGGACCGCGUGAGGGACAGGGAACGGGACAGGGAACGGGAACGAGACAGAGACAGGGACAGGGAUAGAGACCGUCACAGAGACGACAGGUACCGCGACGACAGGCGGCGAGACGAUAGAAGGGAUGACCGACGCCGCUCACGCUCUCCGGACCGCAAGGACCGUGAUCGUCGACCAACUUCCCCUCAAGCAAAACCCACUGCGGAUGGAACCCCGACGUCUACACCCCAACCAGAAGAUGAAAAGCUGAAGGCUAAGCGCGCAAGACUCGAGGCCUGGAAGAAACAGUGGGAGGCUAAGAAGGCAUUGGACGAGGCUAAAGCUAAGGCGAUGGCACUGGCUGGAAAGUCGGCACCAGCUGCUCCAGCCCCUACGCCAUCCAAACCUGGGGGGACACUGAAUCGUGCGGCGUUAACAGGUUUGGGCCUCAAGGGCUUGCCGCUCAAGCCCGAGGUUCUUAAAGCUUCCAAGGUCACUGCAGCUGCAAUGGAUGACUCGGUGGAGACCAAGCAGCGUAAGCUGGAGACUCUCGGCGAUAUGCCUGCCGUCGAUAUGACCAUGGCUGACGGGGAGGCCAGCGUUGGUGAUCUCGAGGUUGACGAUGACGAUGAAGAGGCGAACAGAAUGGAUCAAGCUUUGAAGAAGAAAGCCGCAGAUGCCAUGGACGAGGACGAAGAGCUCGACCCCCUAGACGCAUACAUGAGUGGUGUCAAAGAGGAGGUCAAGAAAGUUAAUGCCGAGGACCUGAAAAGGAUAGAUGGCGGACUUGGUCCAACUCGCGUUCGCCUUGAUGAUCGCAUGGUGGAGGAAGGCGCAGAUGACGUCGAGGAGAAAGCCACAGCUGAGGACGAACUCGACGCUACUGACUUGAACCCGGAGGAGAUUCUUGCCCUUGCAGCCAAGAAGGCUAAGAAGAAAGAUGUCGCCGUCGUUGACCACUCUCGCAUUAACUACGAGCCUUUCCGCAAAGAUUUUUACGUCCCACCGCCAGAUGUCGCCACCAUGACGGACGAAGAAGCUGACCUUCUACGGCUUGAGCUAGACGGCAUCAAGAUACGUGGUAUUGAUUGUCCGAAACCCGUCACAAAGUGGAGCCAACUUGGCCUCCCUGCAAGCUGCUUGGAUGUUAUAAAACGACUGAAUUAUACGGCGCCAACUGCUAUUCAGGCGCAAGCCAUUCCCGCCAUCAUGUCUGGUCGAGAUGUUAUUGGUGUCGCAAAGACGGGCUCCGGAAAGACAAUCGCGUUUUUGCUACCACUCUUCCGACAUAUCAAAGAUCAGCGUCCGCUGGAGCAGAUGGAAGGCCCGCUCGCCAUCGUUAUGACACCAACUCGUGAGUUAGCUGUGCAAAUUCACCGUGAAUGCAAGCCCUUCCUAAAGGUGCUGAACUUACGGGCUGUGUGUGCGUACGGAGGCUCGCCCAUCAAAGAUCAGAUCGCGGAACUAAAGAAAGGAGCCGAGAUCAUCGUUUGCACACCCGGACGUGUGAUUGACCUCCUAACGGCAAACUCAGGACGCGUGACGAACCUAAAACGAGUCACCUACGUGGUGCUGGAUGAAGCCGACAGGAUGUUUGACAUGGGUUUUGAGCCGCAAGUCAUGAAGAUUGUCAACAAUAUCCGCCCUGAUCGCCAGACUGUUCUCUUCUCAGCUACAUUCCCAAAACAAAUGGAUUCCCUGGCGCGGAAGAUUCUCCAGAAACCUUUAGAAAUCACUGUUGGUGGCCGAUCUGUCGUAGCCCCCGAGAUUGAGCAAAUCGUUGAAGUCCGUCCCGAGGAGUCAAAAUUUAACCGUCUUUUGGAGAUUUUGGGUCAAAUGUAUAAUGAAGACCCGGAAUGCCGGACGUUAAUCUUUGUUGAUCGACAGGAAGCUGCUGAUAAUCUUCUUCGUGAUCUGAUGCGAAGAGGAUACCUGUGUAUGUCUCUUCACGGUGGGAAAGACCAAGUGGAUCGAGAUUCCACUAUUGCUGAUUUCAAGGCCGGUGUUGUCCCAAUCGUCAUUGCUACGUCGGUUGCCGCACGAGGACUGGACGUCAAGCAGCUAAAGCUGGUCAUCAAUUUCGAUGCUCCCAACCACAUGGAAGAUUAUGUUCAUCGUGCUGGUAGAACAGGGCGGGCUGGAAACAAGGGAACAUGCGUCACCUUCAUUACCUCGGAACAAGAGAGGUACUCUGUCGAUAUAUACCGUGCCUUGAAGGCGAGCAAUGCUACUAUACCUAGGGAACUCGAAGAGCUCGCCAAUGGUUUCCUGGAAAAAGUGAAGUCGGGGAAGGCACAGGUCGCUGGCUCCGGCUUCGGCGGUAAGGGCUUGGAUCGGCUGGACAAGGAGCGAGAAGCCAAAGAUCGCGCGGAGCGGAAGGCUUAUGGCGAAGGCGGAGAGGAGGAGAAGACAGAAGAACCACAGAAAACAGCUCCGGGCGAUGAUAUGACUUUCGGUAACUUCAAGGUGGAGAUCAGACGCGGACCUGCGCCUGAUUCUGCUAAAGGAAUUCUUGGAGUUGGAAGUGCUGCAAUCGCUGCUCGACGUGCUGCUCAUGCUAAGGAGGAGGAGAAGAUACAAGCCCAGAUUCGGACCGCGCAGGAAGCAGCAGCUCGCGCUGGCAAAGAUUCACCGGCCGAGAAGCAAGCACUUAGCGUUGUAGCGAAACUCAAUGCUCAAUUGAAGGCUAUGAGGCUGGUGCUACAGUCGCAAAUACAGCAUGAAGAGAGCGGCGGCAGGAAAGCCAAUCCCGACUCGACGGAUUUCCAUGCGAUCAUACCCAUUAAUGACUAUCCUCAGAAGGCUAGAUGGAAAGUCACGAACAAGGAGACGAUGGUCCAGCUUAUUGAUAUGACUGGCGCCUCAGUUACCAAUAAAGGUAUUUACUACGAAACUGGGAAGGAACCUCCUCCAGAGGGUCCACCGAAGCUUCACCUGCUCGUGGAAUCGAACGAAGAGUGGAGAGUCGAGCAAGCGGUCAGAGAGAUUAAGCGUCUCCUUAUUGAAGCCUCUGCUGCAGCACUGCAGGCGGAGAUGCGCAAUCCUAGUGCAGUAGUAGGACGAUACAGUGUUGUGUAGUUCAUUAUGUUUGCAUAAGUAGCAGACGACUAAUCUAUGGAUUCUAAUCGACCA